CAAUGCUCUCUCUCUCUCUCUCUCUCUCUCAGAGCUCACGUCACACGCACUGACUCGCAGACACACGACACGACUCUGCUCUCCCUCUACCACGAAGUAGCAAGAUUGAGGAAGUGAGAAUGGCGUCGUCAACAGCUAGGGUUUCGUUCCGCAUACUCAUGGCGGUCCUCUUGCUCCUGCUUCUCUUCUACGUCGGCCGCCCUCUCUACUGGAAGAUCUCCGCCACUAUCCACGAUAUCCGCCAGAACAAACAGACCGUCAAACAAGGUCUUUCCCAGAUCGUCCUCGAGGCCCAGAAAUCCGUCGGGUGGUACCACGACGAGUCGGACUCGGGUGUCCACGAGGAUCGGGUCGGGAGCAAGGUCGGCGCCGCGACGAGUCGUCGUAUUCUCCUGCGCCAACGAGAGGCCAAUUCAUUUCAUUCAGCUACUUGGCAUUCACAUCUGUAAACGAUUCAAGAGAACUAUCAGAGCAUUGAAUGCAUUAAUACUAUACGGAUAAUGUCCUGGGAUCUCCUACGAGCAGCCAUGUAUAUCAUACAAAGAGAGAUCAAUAAAGUAAGAAUGAUUCUACUCA